CCCAUUAUUAUGAUGGUCAAACCAACCAUACAGUUCAUCCAAGGAACAGACGAGCUAACGGUGCCAGAUGUAAGGCUCACUAAAUCGAGAGAUGGAACAAAUGGCAUGGCUAUCUUCAGGUUUGAUCAGCCCUCAGUUUUCGAUUCUUCUGGUGAAGUUGGUGACAUCACAGGCUUCUAUAUGAUUGAUGAGGAAGGUGUACUUCAAUCGGUUGAUGUGAGUGCCAAAUUUAUCAAUGGGAAGCCUUCGGGAAUUGAAGCCAAGUAUGUAAUGCGAUCUCACGAGUGGGAGUGGGAUAGAUUCAUGAGAUUCAUGGAGCGGUACUCCAAUGCUAAUGGUUUGCAAUUCAUUAAAAAAUGAGUCAUUGUGCUAACUCUUCUCUUUUCCCCACUCUUCUUUUUCCAUUUGUCAUGAAGUUGGCUUUUGUAUUAUAGUAGAAUAAUGGAUUCAUGUGCAUGUAAAUCUAUUCACAUACACAUAUCCUUCUGAGUUCAUCUGAAUUGCAAAAAUUUUGCUCUUUCUGCUGUUGUCUAGAUCUUACCAGACUCUUUCUUGGAACUGAGUUCAUAUAGCUCUUGGUUAUAUGACUUCCUAUAGUAUGUUUAUCUUGCUUUGAAGUUAGGCGAGCAAUACCAUGGAGCAUUACAUUAUUGCCAGCAUGUGUCAACCUGCUUUAUCAUUAAUAUUACUUCUUGAUAGCUUAUUCAUGGA